AUGGCAUCUGAAUCAGCGGCGCCCGACGAGUUCCAACUCUUUGACCUUCGGGUCGAAGUUGUUUGCCCGCCAGGCAAGCGAAUCAUGUGUGGGGCGAAGGAGGGCGACCAUUUCACCCUGAAAGGCGAGAUGUUGUACUUGCCUCCGGACCAAGGAAUCAGCAUAUACAGCUUAGAGCAGUAA